AUGAUAACAGUGCUUUACGAAGUAGUGAUGGGUGUAGGAUGUGUAAGAAAUGUGAUACUUUUGAGCUUGUUCCUUAUUGUUGGAUUGGCUUUACCAGAUUGUGCCGAAUUCUGCCAAUGUCGAUAUGUGGAGGACGAUAAUAUCAAAAUUAUUAUGAAAUGUAACAUGGUAAACACAAUCAACGCCAUUCCACUCAUGUCAUCGACAGAGCAGAUGAAAAACGUAGAGAAAUUGAUGAUCGAGGACCAAGCUGAUCUUACUGAACUGACCAAUUCCUCGCUACAGUUUUAUCCAAACCUACAGAAACUAACAAUUGAAAACUCCGGUCUUAGAUAUAUAUCACCGGAAGCUCUUAAAGGGAACAAAGAACUCGAGAUUAUAUCACUCAGAAGAAACAAGAUUGAGUCCCUAUCCUGGGAAAUCAUUGAUGGCCCAAAUGUCCUUCAGCUUAUUGUGGAUGGAAAUCCUCUCCCGUGCAAUUGCACGAGUAUCUGGCUCAAAUUCCUAUUAAACAAGAAGUCGUCGUUGGUUUCCACCGGCAACUACAUCACGUGUAUUGAGAAUAGGGACAACGUGCUCACAGAAAUGGAUCUCUCGAUGGCAAAUAUCACGGGUUGUGAUCUACCGAAGGUAAAUAUCUCUCAGUCACUCAGCAUUGUUAACACGAGCGAUUCUGUUCACGUGACGUGUCGAGGUGAAGGUCAGCCUCCGCCAAUAGUGGAAUGGGACGUAUCCCGGCUGAAGUCUAAUUACUCUAUUCAAACUUCGGACGACAGACAGACACAGAACCUGACCAUCUUGUCAGCAAGUCCAUUGGAUAGUGGAGACAUACCAUGUAGUUCAAGAAAUGUAGCCGGAAAGGUCAUAGAAGAGAUGAGAUUCACAGUCAAUUCUGCUCCAAAAAUCACCAAGCUAACUAAACCAAAACCGAAUUUCUACUAUUGUAUAAAUUACGAAAUAAUUGGAUAUCCAAAACCAGAAGUCACGUGGUAUCACAGAGGGAAAAAACUCGUUAUGACAAACAAUCUCUUUGAUGAUAACGAAAACAUGAAUAGUAUCAAUAACAUAACCGGAUGUCUGACGUUCACAAUGAAAGUUCCCAAAAACAACGGAAUAUAUACUUUAGUUGCCAUUAAUGAAUUUGGAAAUGACUCCCGGGAAAUCAAUGCUGAUUUCGAGUUUGUAGGGUCUAAACAUGGCGGUUCAUACAAAGGUGGUAUACCACCAUUUAAUAUGAAACCACCACAAACUAAUAGCUACAACGACAAAGAACCAUGGAAUGGACCACAACUAGAAACAGCCAGCAACGACACGCUCAUCAUUUACAUUGGAACUGGGUCGGCAUUACUGGCAGUAUCUGUCCUUGUUGUAAUCGUCGUAUUCAUCAUACGUAACUUCCGCCGGAAGUUGGCUCGACAGACUACGGAGACUCAGUUCGCAUCCAAUGGAUCACGCCGUCCUCUGCUACAAACCACGAACCAGAGUUACCAGCACACGCGCGUUGUGGCACAGGAAUCGAUGCCAAUCCGUGCACACACUGUCGUAGAAAAUCCUCAUUAUGGCCAGAAGAACGUCAGACUGAAAAAUGAAACGUCUAUUCGACAUAUACGUCUUGAUAAUUUGACAUUUCUUCACGAGCUUGGUGAGGGUGCCUUCGGACGUGUUUUUCUCGGCACGUGCAUCAAUCUGACAGCGGACGCCGAAGUGACUACAGUGGCAAUUAAAACACUUAAGGAUACGUCAGUCGAGGACUGCAAGGCCAAUUUUGAUCGAGAAGCAGAGUUGCUGACUAAUAUUUUACAUGAAAAUAUCGUUAUGUUCUAUGGUGUGUGCUGUGAAGGAGAUAACUUCAUGAUGAUAUUUGAGUACAUGGAAAAUGGAGACUUGAACAAUUACCUCAGAAGUCAUGGACCAGACGCAAAAUUAAUGUCAAAACGAGCUGGAAGCCUAGAUACCCUAUCCAAAACAGAGUUGCUUCACAUUUCAAACCAAAUAGCCACUGGUAUGGAAUACUUGGCGUCCCAACACUUCGUCCAUCGAGACCUAGCCACCCGGAAUUGUCUAGUGGGUGACAAGCUCAUUGUUAAAAUAGGAGACUUCGGAAUGUCUCGUGAUGUUUACAGCACUGACUAUUACAGGGUCGGUGGAUCUGCUAUGCUCCCUGUCCGAUGGAUGCCACCAGAAUCUUUACUCUAUAGAACUUUCACCGUGGAGUCGGACGUCUGGAGUUUUGGAGUUGUUUUAUGGGAAAUAUUCACAUAUGGGAGACAGCCCUGGUAUGAGCUGUCCAAUCAUGAGGUUAUCCGCCAUAUUACGGACGGAAGCCAACUGGAAAAUCCCAGCACGUGCACGGACGAAGUCUAUGCCAUCAUGCAGGGUUGUUGGGAACGUCAGCCACACGAUCGCUUGUGUAUGAAGGACAUUAAACACAGGCUAGACAAGCUUUGUAUGAGCCAGCCAACUUAUCUUGACUUAAUAGCUUGA